AAUAUCGGAACUGAUACCCGAUCAACUGAUGGCUGUGUCCGGGUCCCAGGGACACCGGGAUUAGAACGCAGUGCCACGCUGCAGACUGCAAGCAUUUCACUGCAUUCCUGCAGUAAUCCACUCCUUGUCAUUCCAGACGUGAAGCCCUCCAACAUCCUGGUGAACUCGCGCGGGGAGAUCAAGCUGUGCGACUUCGGGGUGAGCGGCCAGCUCAUCGACUCCAUGGCCAACUCCUUCGUGGGCACCCGGUCCUACAUGUCUCCUGAGCGUCUGCAGGGCACACACUACUCUGUGCAGUCUGAUGUCUGGAGCAUGGGGCUGUCUCUAGUGGAAAUGGCAAUCGGACGCUACCCCAUCCCCCCUCCUGACAGCAGCGAGAUGGAGCAGAUCUUUGGCUGCCCAGUAGAGGGCGACCAGUCUGCCAGCGAGACCUCCCCCAAACCCCGGCCACCAGGCCGCGCAGCGAGCUCUAAUGGCCCAGAUAGCAGACCACCAAUGGCUAUUUUUGAAUUGCUGGAUUACAUUGUUAACGAGCCACCUCCAAAGCUGCCAAGUAUCUUCAAUGCAGAAUUUCAAGAUUUUGUUAACAAAUGCUUAAUAAAGAACCCAGCAGAGCGGGCAGACUUAAAACAAUUAGUGGCCCAUUCGUUCAUUAAGAGAGCAGAAGCUGAAGAGGUAGAUUUUGCAGGAUGGCUCUGUACAACUAUUGGCCUGAAGCAGCCUGGCACCCCCCCUCAUAAUGCUGGGGUAUGAGGGCACCAACAUACCACUCUCCAUACCACUGCAUAUCAUGUGCUUUGAACUGGUCUACCACUGCGACAUUUCUAAUGCUUUUUACAGUUAUGUAUUUGAGAUUUUUUUGAAGGAAAGAUAUCUGGGGGGACUUACUGAUUAGGUAAUUUCUAAAUCCACAGUAAUGCAAAUAAGGCAUCCCUUUGCUGUACAAACCCCCUUUCCACUGCAAUCCAAGCAUAACAUUUAUAAAAGACUAACUAAAAAAUGAUGCAUUUAGCAACGUUGCUACAGGAAUGAGGUUACAUACAGACCAGACAGCUUUCCUUUGAAAUCAUGCCAAAUGAGAAUAUAUUGCAAGAGAAUUGUGUAGUGUAAUGCAGAAGACUUAAGUUGGCAGUUUUAAAAAUCAUGCAACUAUUUUAACAUGGUACACAAAUAAAAUUUCAUUUCUUUUUGUUUGAAA